AUGAGACGGCAGGCUUUAGAGCUGAUCACGAGUCUGCUCGUGGUCCAGCUGCUGCUGCCCUUGCCGGAUCAAGUGAACGCCGUGAAGAACCGAUUGAGGAAACAACGAUCUAAGCCGCAAGAGCACCAGGCUCAUCACUCUCAGCAGCCUGGCAACAAUUAUGAUGAAUAUGACUAUAAUUACGAAAACUACGACGAAUACGAGGACAAGAACGAGACUACAUCAACAACGUUACCAUCACUAAUAAUACCAUCAGAUGCCACGCGACUUUCGGGAUGGUCCGAAACACCGACCGAAACACUCUUGAGACAAUCAGAACCUACACACUUACCGGCUCCCACGCAAUUUUAUGAUCAUGAUUUAGAGGAGACCAGUCCUACAUCUGAACGGAAUUACUCAGUUUCACCUACGGAGAUUUUACCGGGUGAGAGUAACAUAUAUAGUUCUGUGGCGAUACCAGGACCACGAGGUCAACCUGGUCGACCUGGAGAUAUUGGUCGUCCCGGUGAUGCGGGAUUUCCUGGACAACCCGGUACGCCUGGGACCCCAGGGCCACCUGGACCUCCAGGACCUGUACCUGAUGUAUCUCUAUAUUAUCAACAAUUGGCUUUGUCUCAAGCAAAUGAAGAUAAAGGCCCGACAGGUGCAGCGGCGUCAUUGUAUGGGCCAGAAGCAUUAGCUUACAUUCAGGCGCAAGUAGGUCCGAUGGGUCCGCGAGGCCCUCCAGGUUCGCCUGGUGCUCCUGGUCCUCAAGGUUUUCAAGGUACACGAGGUGAAACUGGUGAAUUGGGUUCCCCCGGUCCUCCUGGCAUGCCAGGUCCUAGAGGCUUGCCAGGAUUACCCGGAAAGGAUGGUAUCAGUGGAGAAGAUGGCGAAACCGGUCCACCGGGAUCGUCUGGUCCUGUGGGACCACGUGGUCCUCCAGGAAUACCUGGGCUUCCAGGGUUAAAAGGCCAUCGUGGUUUCCCAGGUCUAGACGGUGCUAAAGGUGAGCAAGGAGCUCCUGGUGAAAAAGGAUCCAUGGGCUCGCCUGGGCCGAUGGGACCAGUAGGACCGAUGGGUCCAGCAGGGCCUCGUGGUGAAAGAGGUAGGGAAGGUUCAUCGGGUCCUCCUGGAUUGAGAGGCCUUGACGGAAUUGCUGGGCCGCCUGGACAACCCGGUGCUAUAGGAAAACCUGGCUCACCAGGUUUUCCAGGAAAUCCUGGAAUAAAAGGUGAUCAAGGACCACAAGGACCAACAGGAAGCCAGGGUUUGCAAGGUCCGCGAGGUGAAAGUGGCCGCCCAGGACAACCUGGUGAGACUGGUCCACAAGGUCCUCAAGGCAAAGAUGGAAUUUCUGGUGAGAAGGGAGUCACUGGAGCAACAGGACCCGUUGGUUUGCCCGGAUUUCCAGGUGCUCGAGGUCAACCCGGAACGCCGGGUAAUCCUGGUAUCCCUGGCGCUAAAGGAGCACCCGGCCUUCCUGGUGAAAGAGGUUUUAAAGGAGACGCUGGAGUGAAAGGUGAUGCAGGAAUGCCUGGUCCGCGUGGACUUCCUGGACCUCCUGGGAGCGAAGGCAAAAGGGGCAAGAGAGGAAUACGUGGACCAAUCGGCGCUGCGGGGCCUACUGGAGAACGUGGCGCACCUGGAGCGCGUGGUCUUCCUGGCUCGGAUGGUCCUGUCGGGCCUCAAGGGCAACCUGGUGAUCGUGGUCCUGCCGGAGCUGUUGGACCGAAAGGCACUGCUGGAGAUCCUGGACGACCUGGGCCGCCAGGAUUACAGGGUGCGCGUGGUUUAAUGGGUAGGUCGGGAGCUCCCGGAAAAUCAGGUAAUCCUGGAGAACGUGGAAUUCAAGGUGCGGAUGGCAAGCCUGGAGAACAAGGGCCGCCUGGACUGCAAGGCCUACCAGGACCAUUAGGACCAACAGGGGAAAGAGGAUAUCCUGGAGAACGCGGAAAAGAUGGUGAACCGGGCAAUCCAGGUUCGCCUGGUCCAAGAGGAGAUACCGGUAAAGAAGGGGCUCCAGGAGUACAGGGUUUACCAGGUCCAUCGGGAAGUGACGGCGCGCGAGGUCCUCCGGGACUCACCGGUCCUAGAGGUUUUCAAGGUCUACCAGGAGCCGCCGGUAAUCCGGGUGUUCCAGGCAAGGACGGAGAAGCGGGAGUACAAGGACGUCCCGGUCCGCCGGGAUUAACCGGCAAUAGAGGCGAGAGAGGACUUCCGGGAGAAAGAGGACUUAUGGGACCCCCAGGACUUAUGGGUCCUAGAGGAGAAACGGGAGCACAGGGUGUUGAUGGUCUCAUUGGUUUACCAGGACUUAAAGGAGAUAAAGGAAGUUUUGGUUCGCCGGGGCUACUAGGACUUCCUGGUGUGAGAGGAUUACCCGGAGAACCUGGACAGAAAGGAGAGAGGGGUACACCUGGACCAAUCGGCCCCGAAGGUCCAUCAGGACAUAUUGGAGAGCGUGGUCCACAAGGAGAAGUUGGACCUCCUGGCCCUCCCGGGGAACCAGCAGAACGAGGCGAUCCAGGUCCUCCUGGUCCUAUUGGUGAGACCGGAGCAUCUGGAAAUCCAGGAGAAAGAGGACCUCAUGGAUUACAGGGCUCGCAAGGUUUUCCAGGUCCACAAGGAUUAAUCGGACUUCCUGGUUUGAAAGGCGAUCGCGGAUAUCCUGGCUUAAAAGGAGAACAAGGAAAUCUGGGAUUGCCUGGCAAUCGCGGCGAAAUCGGAUUACCUGGACCUAUUGGGCUCACUGGUGCUAAGGGAAUUAGAGGCGAACCUGGUGCACGAGGCGAGCCCGGUUUAAUGGGCCCACCUGGUAUUACGGGACAUGUUGGACCAUCAGGACCACCAGGAAAUGUGGGACCACCUGGUGCUCCUGGAUUUCCGGGUAUUAAAGGCGAUGCAGGCGAUGUUGGACGUCCUGGAAAUCCAGGUCCAAUCGGUAACCCUGGUCCACCUGGAAUAGACGGAAUUAAAGGCGAAAGUGGAUCCCCAGGAUCUCAAGGACCAAUGGGUCCUCAAGGACCUCAAGGUUUACCCGGCGAGAGAGGUUUACCAGGCUUACCUGGUUCUGCUGGUCCUAUAGGAAAUAGAGGAUUACGCGGAGCUCCUGGUGAAACAGGACAACCCGGAAAACCAGGAGCGGAAGGUCCAUCCGGACCUCCCGGAUUAAUAGGUCCUCCAGGUUCUCCUGGUCAUGUAGGAGAAGCAGGACCAGAGGGACCAAUUGGAAAACCAGGACCACCGGGUAUAGGAGGCCGACCAGGUGACAAGGGACCUCCUGGGGUAUCUGGGGCUGCAGGACCGUCAGGUCCUCCUGGAUUACCAGGACCACCUGGAUCCGUUGGACCUACCGGACUCACUGGAGAACGUGGCCCGAAAGGUGAAACAGGACCGCAAGGUGUAGAAGGGCCACAGGGACCACGAGGAAAACCUGGAACUACGGGUCUCGAAGGUGCAAAAGGCGAUCGCGGAGAAGAGGGGCAGAAAGGAGCCAAGGGACAUCGGGGAUUUACUGGUUUGCAAGGAUUGCCCGGGUCUCCUGGUUUAGUAGGAGAAAAGGGUGAAUCUGGUCUGCCAGGACCUCCCGGUAAAGACGGAGAGCCAGGUAUUAGAGGUAAUCCUGGACGGGAGGGUAAUCCAGGACCUAUCGGACCUGCGGGAAAUCCCGGACCAAGAGGUCCAGCUGGGGAAGAAGGUCGCCAUGGGUCACCAGGUCUUCCAGGACCACCCGGACCACCUGGUCCGCCUGGAGAAAUAGGUUUCGGAUACGAUGCUGCAUCUCUAGCAGCACUUAUAGGACAAGGCCAAACUAAAGGACCAGAUCCACUUGGUGAUGAACCACCAAGAAUAUUUGGUAAAGAUAUCCCUGAAAAGGAACGAAGAGAGUUGCUUUUGAAAGCGUACGAAAAUCUAAAAUCGUCGUUCCAAAAAUUGGUGAAGCCGGAUGGUGAAAAAAAUUCGCCUGCUAAAACCUGUCGAGAUCUAUUUGUUGCUUACCCGGACAAAUUAUCUGGCGAGUACUGGAUUGAUCCAAACGAAGGAGAUAUUCGAGACGCGAUCUUGGUAUAUUGCGAUGCCGAGAAACGUGCAACUUGCAUAUUACCGAAUCCAUCGCGUUCACCAGAAAUGACUCACAUUACUGAUCAACAGGAGACCUGGCUAAGCGAAAUAGAUGGCAGUAUGAAGAUUACAUACAAAGCGGACAGUAAUCAAAUUAGUUUCUUGCAAUUGCUCUCCAAACACGCGAAUCAGAACAUUACGUAUCACUGCAAAAAUAGUGUGGCUUACUUCGAUUAUGAGAAAAAGACGUACAGAAAGGGCUUGAAGUUUUUGGCUUGGAACGACGUUGAAUUAACACCACGAGGCAAUCAGCGUCUUAGAUAUGAAAUGAUAAUGGAUGAAUGCAGGUUCCAUCAAGACCGCUGGGGUAAAACUAUCGUCUCAUAUGAAACGGAUAAACCCGUAAGACUUCCCAUCUUAGACGUGGCUUUGCGAGAUAUCGGGAAACCCGAACAGAGUUUCUCCAUUGAGAUCGGUGCAGCGUGUUACGAUUAAGACAAAGUACGACAUUGCGAUUGUUAUCUCAUGCCUACAACACCGUCGUCUUCCAUUGUAUAAUCCUAAAAAAAGAAUUGUCUUCCAAUUUUAAGGAGAUAACUGUAUAUUAAUUUUAUCUCAAGUGGAUGAACGCAAAGUUAAAUAAAAAUAAAAAAAAAGAUGUAAUUUGAAGAAAUGUAUCACUCGG